CAGAACUGCAGGUUGUUCUAAUCACUUAUCCUGAUUUCAUCCCCUCCGUGCACUGGGUUUACGACAAUCACCAAAGAUGUCUCCCGUGAAAGAUCUGUGUUGCCAACCCGGCCCAUAUUAUCCUGACAUUUGCCCAGAUCCAUGUGCUUAUGUCUGCAAUGAGCCUUGUGUCACAACCUGCGGCGACUCAAACGCAGUGGUCUUUGCACCCCCAGUUGUCGUGAGAUUCCCGGGUCCAACUCUAGCUACUUGCCCUCAAGACAGCUUCGUGGGAACCUCCUUACCAAAUUUUCCCUAUAGACUUGGGGGUGGCCUUGGAGGUGGUGUAGGUGGUGGUCUUGGGGGUGGGUAUGGUGGUGGAUACGGUGGUGGAUAUGGGGGUGGAUCCUUCGGUGGAUUCAGGGGUGGAUUUGGGGGUGGAUUCGGGGGUGGAAUCGGGGGUGGAAUCGGGGGUGGAUACAGGGGCUCAUACGGGUAUGGGGGGAGAUAUGGUAGGAACUGCUAUGCUAACCGCUGGGAAUGUUGUCCAUGGUAAACCCAGAAGAAAGAUCUACGGUACAAGAAACAAGCAUGAAAUGAAAGACAAGGCAGAGAUUCUCCACACAGGCAAUGGAAAAUGAGCAUCUGUAUCUCCACUCAAAAUCAGGGGGCAUUGUAGGUGUUCGUCACUUGCAUAAAUCACGCCUAUCUGUGCCUUGCUUAUGUCACACAUUCCUUAAACUUGAUGGUCUGUCUGGUUUUGUAACUUAAUCUUAUGCUCCUACUGUGCUUUGUCCUUUCUGAUGCUGAGCCGUCUACAAGUUACUAAAAUUGGUGGAAGAUGUGACAUGAUUUCCAAGCUCUUUAGCUGCAAGGAAGAGAGCAGAACAUGUUGUGUGAAAUGCACCACUUUGGAGCUGGUGACUGGUUGGAGCUCUGAUUGUAACCCUGCAAAUACAUUCUCUGUUACUCUGCAUUAAAUCAUUCUGUC